GCCACGGCCUCGGGCCUCGGCGCGCCGUUCGCACCAGGUCUCUGCGCCCAGGGCGCACGGUGGGGAGGGACGCCCCUGGCCACCAUGGAGUCGGCCCCCUCCACUGAUGCCGAGCUGCAGCCCCCGCUCCUCGCCAACGCGUCGGACGCCUUCCCCAGCGUCUUCCCCAGCGCGGGCGCCAAUGCGUCGGGGCCGCCGGGCGCACGGAGCGCCUCGUCCCUCGCCCUGGCCAUCGCCAUCACUGCGCUCUAUUCGGCCGUGUGCGCCGUGGGGCUGCUGGGCAACGUGCUUGUCAUGUUCGGCAUCGUCCGGUACACCAAGAUGAAGACAGCCACCAACAUCUACAUCUUCAACCUGGCCUUGGCAGACGCAUUGGCCACUAGCACGCUGCCCUUCCAGAGCGCCAAGUACCUGAUGGAGACCUGGCCCUUCGGGGAACUGCUCUGCAAGGUUGUGCUCUCCAUUGACUACUACAAUAUGUUCACCAGCAUCUUCACACUCACUAUGAUGAGUGUCGACCGCUAUAUUGCUGUCUGCCACCCUGUCAAGGCCCUGGACUUCCGCACACCCGCCAAGGCCAAGCUGAUCAACAUCUGCAUCUGGGUCCUGGCCUCAGGUGUUGGUGUACCCAUCAUGGUCAUGGCUGUGACCCGCCCCCGGGACGGGGCAGUGGUGUGCAUGCUCCAGUUCCCCAGCCCCAGCUGGUACUGGGACACGGUGACCAAGAUCUGCGUGUUUCUCUUCGCCUUCGUUGUGCCCAUACUCAUCAUCACCGUGUGCUACGGCCUCAUGCUGCUGCGCCUGCGCAGCGUGCGCCUGCUGUCGGGCUCCAAGGAGAAGGACCGCAGCCUGCGGCGCAUCACGCGCAUGGUGCUGGUGGUGGUGGGCGCCUUCGUGGUAUGCUGGGCGCCCAUCCACAUCUUCGUCAUCGUCUGGACGCUGGUGGACAUCGACCGCCGCGACCCACUCGUGGUGGCCGCGCUGCACCUGUGCAUCGCGCUCGGCUACGCCAACAGCAGCCUCAACCCAGUGCUCUACGCCUUCCUCGACGAGAACUUCAAGCGCUGCUUCCGCCAGCUCUGCCGCACGCCCUGCAGCCGCCCCGAGCCCGGCAGCUUCGGCCGCGCCCGCGAAGCCACGGCCCGCGAGCGGGUCACCGCCUGCACCCCGUCCGACGGGCCCGGUGGUGGCGCCGCCGCCUGACCAGGCUGGGCCGGCCCGCCGCGCGCCCCUCCGGAGUGACCUGGCCGUCACACUGGGGGCCACAGCGCGGAAAGGGGCAGAAGAGGCCUCUUUUGGAGAAGGGGGCCAGCUUGAGACCAGGCAGGGGCCAAGAGAUGGGGUCCCUGCAGUGGGGUGGACCUCUGGUCUGGGGCGGGGCAGAGGGCAGGACGGUGGGGCAGGGCCUCUGGGCUGAGGGCGUGGUCGGGGGCUCUGGGUUGGGCUGGAAGGUGGUGGUGAAGCUAGGGACUCCAGGGGAGUGGGACCUGUGGCUCCAGAACUGGGCCGCCGAACAGGGCUUCUGCAAUGGGAUGGGCCUCAACCUUGGGACAACCUUGAGUUCUAACCCAGAGCAGGCUUGCAGGAGUGGGGAUCUGGCCUGAGACCUGAAGAUCCAGGACCCAGGACCCAGGAAGGGCAGUGGUGGGGAUGGUCACUUGAGAAUUGAGCUGCAAGAUUGGUCUCUGUGUAGUGGGGAGGGGCCUCUUGUUGGGCAGGACAGAAGGGCAGGACAGUGAAGUGUGGCUACAGCUCAAGAUAGGGCCUGGGUGCAGCAGACGGAGGCCUCAACUUUGGGAUAGAGUCCCAGCCCCGAGUUCCAGCAAGAGACUGGCCUCCCCAAGGUCCAGGUCCAACUUGACAUCUUUAUAGAGAGAGAGAGUGAGAGAGAGAAACAAUAUACCUUUUCUCUCCUUGACAGUCAUUUCCUUGGAAUGGGCAGGGGUACCUCAGCAUCCAAGUAAUUUCUCCAGCACUGCAUCCCAGUGGGGUUUGGGACAGGACAGUGGAGCAGGGCCAGUGGCUCCAGGAUAGGAUAGUGGGACAAAGCCUCAGUUGGGCUAGGAUCCCCAGCCCUGAGUUCUAACAGGACUUGGAAAGAGUGAGGAGGUCCCUUGGCUCCAAAACUGGAGCUGGAAGUCGGCCUCUGUACCAGGGGUGGGGGUGAGGGGCCGAGGAGGAGGGGGCUUCUGCUCUGAGGUUAGGUCCUCCAGCUAGAGGGCAGACCGUUUAGGGGUCCCCAGUGCCCUGCUUUCUCUGGCCCAGGUGCUGGAGGAUGAGGACCACUCUGGUUAGAGUCCGUGGAUGGUGAGUGCACCUGGACUGGUGGGGGCGUCUGAAGACCCGUAUGGACUUUUCCUCCUCUCAGCCUCUGGCUCUUGGGCCCCUGAGAAGAAUCUCCAAGAAAUCCUCUCUCCCUUCUCCCAACAGCUGGCUGCCCCCAGGGAGUCCAGUGUUUCUGGUGAACUGGAACUGCCUGCCCAGAGCCUUGACUUUGAAGGAACUGGCAGGAAGAAGGCAUUUAUGACUGUGAUGCUAGCGUCAGUGUGUGCUCCCCUCUCCCCUUCCCCCAGGGACCCCCCCCAGGUCCCUCAGCUGCUCUAGCUGCCCCUUUCAAGCUGCUGAGGGCAGGGUCCACCCGGAGCUGGGCAUAGAAGUUUUUCUCUUCAUUCGUUUGGCAUUUUAUUCAGGCUUUCCCCGGUCUUUGCUUCCCCCUAUAUCAGGGCCUGUCCUUGUUCCCUGUGCCUCCUCCAUGCUUCAUCUCCUCUCCCCCCACCUUCGCCCCCACCCCCCAGACACUGCCUGGGGCCCGCACCCCUGAAUCCCUGUUGAAGCAGUGUGCUGACAUCCUUGUAAAAACAAAUUUAAUUUUCUUCCCUUUUUGGGACAGAUGGAAAGAAAUUGACGUCUUUGUCUCAAACAAAAAAAAAAGAAACAAUAUACCUCUUCUCCCUUGACAGUCAUUUUUUGGGAACAAAAGCCUUUCCCCUGUCUGAGAGGCUGUCACUCCAGCAUGGGGGGGGGGGGGA